AUGGAAAUUAGUUUUCGCUUUAAUGAAACGGACGGAUCAGCUGUUACCAUUAACGUUCCGGCUGGUGCAGGGUUUACAAUCAACGUUAAACCUCUAGGCGGACCGGUGCCACUAGUUGGUGGCGGAUUAAACGCUAAUGGAGCUUGUGUUCAUCCUCCGGGUGGUGGCGUUAAGGAGGAACAUGGAUCCAUCCUCCCUAAACCUUUGAAAACUGGUAACCCUAAGGUUUUCUUUGAUAUGACCGUGGAUGGCAAACCCGCUGGUCGGAUCGUGAUGGAGCUAUUCGCUGACACGACUCCUCGGACGGCGGAGAACUUCCGUGCCCUUUGUACCGGCGAGAAAGGCAUGGGGAGGUUUGGUAAGCCACUCCAUUACAAGGGAUCAAUCAUACACGAGUUGGAUUUAGAUUAUACCUUUUCUGGAGGAGAUAUCAUUCCCGGGGAGGGACUUGGAGGCGAAUCGAUCUACGAAGAUAGAUAUUUCGAGGAUGAGAACUUCAUCAGAAAGCACACGGGUCCAGGUAUCCUCACCAUGUGGAACCGUGGUUCCAACACCAACGGAUCUCAGUUCAUGAUCUGCAUGACGGAGAUUGAGGAAUACGACAACGACUGCGUCGUGGUUGGCCAAGUUAUUCAAGGAUUGGAUGUGAUCGAGAGCAUUAUGGAAGAGUUCGGAGAUCCUAGCGGCUGCGUCAGGCCUUCCAAGCCCGUGGUCAUCGCCGACUGCGGUCAGAUUUUAUAG